UGCAAUGUCAAGGGAGGGGGCUCGCCCAGGGCUCCUGUAGCUCAGGGGGCAGGCCUGAGCCCUGCGUCCUUCCCAGGACUGUCCAGCCCCCUGACCGGGGCACCCCAUCCUGAGGGGCUUCGCACUGGCCCCCACCGAAGCAGGGGAUCUGACCGACUUGGAGCUCAGCUGGAUGGUACAGACGUGCAAAAUGGAAGGGUUCCCCCUCGUCCCCCCUCAGCCAUCGGAAGAGCUGGUUUCCUAUGACCCGGAUCUGUACCAACGCCAGACACACGACUACUACCCCUUCAUUGGCAGCGAUGGAGAAAGCCACAGCGAUCAUUACUGGGACUUUCACCCACACCACAUGCACAAUGAGUUCGAGAGCUUCACAGAGAACCACUUCACGGAGCUGCAAAGCGUGCAGCCGCCUCAGCUGCAGCAGCUCUACCGCCACAUGGAGCUGGAGCAGAUGCAUGUCCUCGACACCCCCAUGGCACCACCCCAUGCCAGCCUGGGCCACCAGGUUUCCUACAUGCCCCGGAUGUGCUUCUCUUACCCACCCUUGUCCCCAGCCCACCAGCCGAGCUCAGAUGAGGAGGAGGGAGAGCGGCAGAGCCCCCCACUGGAAGUGUCUGAUGGGGAGGCUGACGGCCUGGAGCCUGGGCCUGGCCUUCUGCAUGGAGAGACAGGCAGCAAAAAGAAGAUCCGCCUGUACCAGUUCCUUCUGGACCUGCUGCGCAGCGGCGACAUGAAGGACAGCAUCUGGUGGGUGGACAAGGACAAGGGCACCUUCCAGUUCUCGUCCAAGCACAAGGAGGCGCUGGCGCACCGCUGGGGCAUCCAGAAGGGGAACCGCAAGAAGAUGACCUACCAGAAGAUGGCGCGCGCGCUGCGCAACUACGGCAAGACGGGCGAGGUGAAGAAGGUCAAGAAGAAGCUCACCUACCAGUUCAGCGGCGAGGUGCUGGGCCGCGGGGGCCUGGCCGAGCGGCGCCUCCCCGCGCACUGA